ACCCCAAUCUGAUCAAAACAUGCAAUCAAAUCCUGUCGUGUAAAGCAUCCAAUUCGCGAUGAAAAAAAAGUUACGUUAAGUAAUGGCAACAUCAUAGUUUGGACUCUAUUCAUAGACAACAUAACCUUUCUUUUUGAAAAAUUAAGUGCUGUCAAGCUAAGACAAAAUGACGAACUCCAAGGGUUAUCGUCGCGGAACGAGGGACUUGUUCGCCCGCAGGUUCCGUACACAUGGAACCAUCCCCCUUUCCACUUACAUGAAAGUGUACAAAGUCGGCGAUAUCGUUGACAUUAGGGGUAACGGUGCAGUUCAAAAGGGCAUGCCACACAAAGUGUACCACGGCAAGACCGGACGUGUCUACAACGUAACCGCACAUGCUUUGGGUGUCAUUGUCAAUAAGAGGGUACAUGGCAGAAUCAUCCCCAAGAGGAUCAACAUCCGCAUUGAGCACGUCAAGCACUCAAAGUGCAGAGAGGACUUCCUUAAGAGGGUGAAAGAGAAUGAGAGGCUCCUCAAAGAGGCUAAGGCCACCGGCAAAAUUGUCAACCUCAAAAGACAGCCUCAGCCACCACGGGCAGCUCACAUUGUCAAGGGCACUGAGAAACCAGUGCUGCUUGCGCCCAUCCCAUAUGAGUUUGUAGCCUAAUGUGGAAUAAACUAUUUUUAAGCUA